AGCGGCUAAUUGAAAAUUUCCGGUGAUGGCGCAUGUCCUCUGCGGCAUGCCCGUGUGCUUGUGGAGGCGAUCUGUGACAGUCCCCUCAAUCAGUGCAGCAAGCACCUAGUGCCGGAUCUGAAAUCGGGGCAAUAAAGAGGAUCUAGCAGGAGGGAAAGGGCCGUGACUCACCUGGUUGGGCCAAAACAACCGCAGGUUUGCAAUUCAUGAAGCCUUUUCUGCCCACCCCUCUCCUCUCACCACUCGCUGGUAUUGCGCUCAACUCCCGCAGAGUUGUGACCCCGAAGGUGGUCUUUUCAGUCCGCAGUUUUACGGCUUUCGCUCUGUCUGCCCCGCGCACAUACGCUUUUGCAAAAUACACAUCCAAGAAAAAGCUACCCAAGAUGACCACAACGGCGACGACCCUCAAGGGCGAGCCGCUCGACAAGGCGUCCCUCGAGUCCUUGCUGCGCCGGCGCAUGUUCUACACACCCUCGUAUGAAAUCUACGGCGGCGUUGCUGGCCUCUACGACUACGGCCCGCCAGGCUGCGCGUUGCAGGCUAAUAUUAUCGAUAUCUGGCGGAAGCACUUCAUCCUCGAGGAGGACAUGCUCGAGGUCGACUGCAGCGUGCUGACACCCCACGACGUUCUCAAGACGAGCGGCCACGUCGACAAGUUCGCGGACUGGAUGUGCAAGGACCCAAAAAACGGCGAGAUCCUCCGUGCCGACCACUUUGUGGAGGACGUCCUCGAGGCGCGGCUAAAGGGUGACAAAGAGGCCCGCGGUCAGAAGGUGGAGGAGAAGGAGGAGGACCCCAAGAGGAAGAAAAAGAAGGCCAAAGGCCACGAGGCAGUCAAGCUGGACGACGCUGUGGUCAAAGAGUAUGAAGAGGUCCUGGCACAGAUCGACAAUUACAACGGCGAGCAGCUGGGUGAGCUCAUCAAGAAGUACGACUUGAGGAACCCCGCCACCGGCGCGCAGCCGAGCCCCCCCGUCGCCUUCAACCUCAUGUUCCAGACGUCAAUUGGCCCUAGCAGCAACCUUCCCGGCUAUCUCCGGCCCGAAACUGCCCAGGGCCAGUUCCUGAACUUCGCCAAGCUUCUCGAGUUCAACACCGGUCAGAUGCCCUUCGCUUCUGCCUCCAUUGGCAAGUCCUACAGAAACGAGAUCUCGCCUAGGGCCGGCCUUCUGCGUGUCCGCGAGUUUCUGAUGGCUGAGAUCGAGCACUUUGUCGACCCCGAGGGCCACAAGAAGCAUCACAGGUUCCACGAGGUGGAGGACAUUGAGCUCGAGCUCCUCGACCGGCACACGCAGCUAUCGGGUUCGACCAAGACCAAGAGGGUAUCGAUCGGUCAAGCCGUGCGGGAGGGUACGGUCGACAACGAGACCCUGGGCUAUUUCCUGGCGCGCAUCCACCUCUUCCUCAAGAAGAUCGGCGUUGACCAGACCAAGAUCCGUUUCCGGCAGCACAUGGCUAACGAGAUGGCUCACUAUGCUUGCGACUGCUGGGAUGCGGAGCUCCUUACCUCGUCUGGCUGGGUUGAGUGUGUUGGCUGCGCCGACCGCAGCGCUUACGACCUGUCGGUCCACGCCAAGAAGACCGGGGCGCCUCUCAUCGUGCGGCAGCGGUUGGAUGAGCCCAAGGUCAUUGAGGAGUGGGAGAUUGAGCUUGAGAGGAAGAAAUUCGGUCCCUUCUUCAAGAAGGAUGGUAGGGCGGUCGAGGCCGCCGUCAUGGCCACCACGCAGGAAGAGCGCGGCAAGCUUGCUAAGGAGCUGGAAGAGACCGGCAAGGUCGUCAUCAACGUGCCGGGCGUUGCCGAUGGCAAGGUCGAGAUUAACAAGGACUUGCUGGCUAUUAAAUGGCAAAAACGAGUCGAGAACAUCCGAGAGUAUACUCCCAACGUCAUCGAGCCGUCAUUCGGUAUCGGCCGGAUACUAUACUCCUUGAUCGAGCACAACUACUGGACUAGGGCAAGCGAAGGCGGUGAUGAGGCGCGCGGUGUCCUCUCCUUCCCUCCGGCCGUUGCGCCUACAAAGGUCUUGAUCGUGCCUCUGUCCUCCAAUAAGGACUUCACGCCUACCGUGCGCAAGUUGUCCCAGAAGCUUCGGUCUGCUGGCAUCUCCAGCCGUGUGGAUGACUCCUCGGCCAGUAUCGGCAAGCGGUACAGCAGAAAUGACGAGCUGGGCACUCCGUUUGGCGUCACGGUCGACUUCCAGACCAUCAAGGAUGGCACCGUGACGCUCAGAGAGCGUGACAGCACGCGGCAGGUCCGCGCCGAGGAGGACAAGAUCAUCGAGGCUAUCCGGGCGCUUGUUGAGGGCACCAAGGCGUGGAAGGAUAUUGAGACCGAGCUGCCGCUUUUUGAGGGCCAGGACGUCGACCUCACCCUUCGGUAAGGGGCACGGCAAGUAUGGUGGAAAAAGGUGGAAAGGGGAUUUGGUUUGGCUUGUUAGUCAUGUCAAGACUUACCCUGAGCGUAUACCACAAUAGAAUCAAGCGAGACAACGUGGGAGCUGGCUAGUUCUGCUUCCCGAAGCGAUCUUUGAUGGCCCAGUGUAACAUCUCACGGCCC